AAAGGUAGGGCAGUAGCAAAUCGGAGCACCAGCAAAACGAAGUCCCAGCAAAAAAGCAAACACCAGAAAAGUAAAGCACCAGCACCAGUAAAAGCGAAGUUUCAGCAAAGAAAAAAGCAAAACAACUCAGCAACACUAGCGAGUUCUAGCAAAAGAGCACAAGCAAGCACCAAAAGGCGAAGCAGCAGUAAAUCGAGCCCCAGUAAAAGCGAAGUUCCAGCAAAAGAGCAAAGCAAAGCACCAAAAAAAGCAAAGCAAAGCACCAAAAAAGUAAAAUAUCAGAAAGGCAAGGCAGCAGCAAGCGAUGCACCAAAAAGCAAAGUCUCAGCAAAAGAGCAAAUACUAGAAACCAGUACCAGUAAAAGCGAAGUUCUAGCAAAGCACCAUUUAAUAUCACUAGCGAAAAUAAUGACACAAGAGAAUUGA